UUUGUCAGAACCAUUUUUAUUAAUCAAGAAUGUUGCUUUCAUAACUUUGUUAAUAGUUAAAUUUUGUUAUGGAUGGACGCAAAUGAAUCAAAAAACAGUGCAUAAAUUUACAGGUGGCACUAGGAAGUCAUUUUUUAUUCUGUAUAUUUAUAAAAAUAAAUACAAACACUUUGUUUUUGUGAUUUUUUUUUACAAAAAAUGCAUAAUUGCAAUAUAUCAGAAUCCAACGUAUAUCCUUCGUAUGGAAUCACGAUUUUUUUGUCUAUUAUUUUUGUUUGGUUGGUUUUUAUAUCCCUUAUUGGUAAUCUUCUGCUAUGCAUUAUUGUUUUUCGUCAAGCAGCAAUGAGAUCUGGAAUCAAUUUAAUGCUGACUAAUUUAGCAUUUUGCGAUUUUUUUACGUCUCUUCUGGUUAUUCCUGUUUCGCUUUUGUUUUUAAAUACUAAACAGCGGUGCUUGGACGAAGUUUUAUGUGAGAUAACUGCAACAGUUUACACUUUUCUUCGUUUAGAAAAAGUUCAAAUUUUGCUAAUAAUUACAAUUAACCGGCACCGUAUUAUUAUAAAAGGAAAAGACGGUAUGACACAAAGUAAAUCCUUGACGUUGAUUUCAUUUUCUUGGAUUGUAUCACUUUUUAUAUCAUUGCUUCCUCUUCUUGGUUGGAGCAAAUACAUAUUUGAACCAGGCUAUAUACAAUGUUUAUCAAACUUUAAUGAAAAAAUUAGUGCAAGUUAUGUUCUUUUUAUUACGCUUAUUCAUAUAAUGUUCCCUUCGAUUAUAUUACUACUGUUGUAUAUAAGUAUCUUACGGACUGUAAGAAACAAGUUUUUACGUGUGAAGCAACAUAUUAUUGUAUCUCAAAUUUCUAGACACAAAAUUUUUAAUAAAACAAUAGAUAUUCCAUUUAAAAUUCGUACCACCCUUACUUUAUUUUUAAUUUCGCUAACUUACAUAGUCACAGAGCUACCACUCGCAAUAAUGAAUGUCGUUUUGUUUGUGGAAGGCCUUCAAUCGGCUCAAUGCAUUGCUGUUUAUUCGUACCUUGUUUGGCUUUCUUAUACCCAUUCGGUAAUAUAUCCAGUUUAUUAUUAUUUUCAAAUAGCUAAGUUUAAAGAAUCCGUUCAGAAUGUUACAUCCACUAUAUGCAGAUGCAGUAUUUUUAAAUGGUGCAGUAGAAAAAAAUGGCGAGUGUGUCCAGAGAACUUAUAUAUUAUAAAAAACAGAACAUACAUUUGUACGGCAUAAAAUUUAAAAACAAUUCUAGAAUAUUUCUUAUUCAUUUUU